AUGAGCUAUCUUGGUCUAUGCCGCAACUACCUCACAGGCCCCCUUGUGAACUUUCCAUUCUCCCAAGUGGAUCUGGCUGACAAUUACCUGUCGGGUGUUGUGUCAGCAUCAGACUGCCGGCGACUCAACAUCGCCGCCAACUGCUUCUCACCAACCAAAGCCUGCCGCCCUGCCCUGCAACGGCCAGCAGCACAGUGCACGGCAUUCUGUGGCAUCUCUCCGACUACUUCUGCCUGUGGUGGUCGGGGCGUGUGCUACCCAGAUGGGCCUAGUCUGGUGCCAACGUGCCUGUGUGAUGCGGGAUCCUUGCAGCUUGGAGGAAUCACCUGUAUUUCAGGAGGCUUCCAAGGAAACAUUCUCCCGCCAUUCACAGUGCUCACCAAGGGCACACAGCAGGAGACGGUGGGGAAGUUCAUGGCAAAGCCAUCUGGCACUGCUAGGUCCGGCGGCUUCGCAUUUGUCAUCGCAGCAAAGCCCAAGGCGGGGAAACCUGGUGGUGCGGGGUACAGUGGAGUGGGACCCAGGAGCAUGGCCGUGGUAUUUGACACGCUUCAGGAUGAUGAUACAGGCGAGCAGCACGUGGGGCUGAGCAUCAACGGUGCAGAGGAACCCCUGGUCAAGGAGGUAUCACCGUUCACUUUCUCCGAUGGCAAUUCGUACACGGCAUGGGUGGAGUACGAGCCUGGGGAUCCCGGCACCAUUGAAGUGUUCUUGGCGAGCUCAAACGUGAAGCCAGAGGAGCCGCUGCUGCAGGGGAGGGUGUCGCUGUGUGCGGUGCUGCAGCCUGGAGUGAAGCAGCCAGCGUUCUCGUUUGGCUUUGUGGCGUCCACCACUGUGAAGCCCUUCCAGCUGCAUGGCAUUCUCUUCUCCUCUGUGCAAACAGUUGCUCCUUCACCCAAGGCAGUCCAGGUCAAUGAGAAAGCCCUCGGCCUCUCACUGUCAGUGGCCACAUUCGCACCGACUCGAGCCAGUCCCUUUUCGCGCUAUGUGAGUGCGGACUUCAAGCUGUCGGCCACCAAAGCGGACUCGUGGAGCAUUCGUGACUUCCACACAUGGGACUCCGUGCCCUUCCUCAACUGGCCUGUCAAGAAUCAAAACGACUGCAGUGCGUGCUGGGCGUAUGCAGUGGUGGCGAGUGUGGAGGCGGCAUACGGCAUCGCCAAGCAGCAGAGCGCCCCCCGGCUGGCAGUGGAGGCGCUCUUCACCCUCAUGGGGCUCUCCGACUCCGACAAGUGCUCCGCUGGCGGCUCCCCCACCCUCGCCUUUGAGACGCUCACAGCUCUCGAUGCCUCCAGUGGGCUCACAGGGGAUAGUGACCCGGCAACAACAUACCCGGUGCAGGCGUUUGAGCGAGCACAGUUCAAGGGGUAUGUGGGGCUCAUGCUGGCAGUGCAGCGGCAGCCAGUGGUGGUUCACAUCGAGGCGUCUCCAACCUUCAUGCUCUAUGAUGGGACGUUCAAAUACCAGGAUCCUGGUUGCUACACGGGCAGUCUCAACCAUGUUGUGCUCGUUAUUGGCUACUUCAUUACAAGAAACGAUGGCAGCCAGAACCGCAUUGCGCCUCCGUUUUGGAUCAUUCGCAACUCGUGGGGAGAGGAGUGGGGCCAAAGGGGCCACAUGCGCAUGGACAUUCAGGGAGGGGAUGGCGUGUGUGGCAUCAACGUGCUGCCUGGCAUCUACCCCAUUGUCAAGAUUCCAGGGGACCCCUGUGGAGAAAGCAGCUACAAGGGCGAUGGGGAUUCGCAGCCCAGCAUGAACCCGUGCGGCAGGUUCCAGUGCCAGGGGACGACAGCAAGCAGCAACUACUGCACCUGCAAUAUUCCCACCGCUACUGUGCAGCCUUUUGUGGAAGUUGCGAAUGGAAUUGGCUCCACAUGUGCUUAUGUGGACGUGUGUGGGUCAUACUUCAAGAACCCCUGCUACGUGGGAGCGUGCAUCAACGAUGGCAAGGGCUCCUACUCCUGCAUCUGCCCUCCCAACCACGUUCCCAGCACAACCGUUGACGGCUUCCCCACCUGCGAUCCAGCCAAUACCACAGCCACCACAAUGACAGUCAGUGGUGACAACUGGUUGUGCUCGGAUAUUCAUCCGCUUGUUGGCCUCUCAUUGACUGACUUCACUGACCAAAACGCGGGCAUUGACUGCAGCCAGCCAUUGCCCAAGGGCAGUGUCCUUCAGCUGGAUGGUACUCCUCCCACACCCUGCACUGCCUUCUUCUACUCCCUCAACGGGGACACCUGUGCAUCCAUCACCCCAGCGCUCAGCCUGAAUGAGGGAAGUCUUGUUGCGCUCAACCCCGGCCUUGACUGCUCCAAGCCCAUCAAGGCGGGCCGCUCUGUGUGCCUCGAGCGCAGGGCUGCCUUCGCCUUCACCGUCCCUGAGUGUGUCCGAUACGGCAUGCUCACACCUCAAGACACUUGCGACCGGCUAAUUCAAAGGACCAGCAAUUCACAAGGGGGCGCCAGUGCCAGUGAGAAUCCAUGGGCUGCGCUGUACCGCAACAAUCCCGGCCUCACUUGCUCCGCCACCAUCCCUUCCUCUGCCUCGGCUGUCGGCAGCAACAUUGGUGUACAGGUUUGCCUCAGGGCAGAGUAUUGGUCGUUCACGAUGGGUUUCUGCAAAAAGGGUAGGGCCAAGCCUGUCCAGCGGUCAAUGGCGUGCCCAGCUGCUUACCGCUUCUACGGUCGGCCUACCUCAACAGCAAUCACACGGUUUUACGACUACAAUGGCAGGUCUUGCUCUGGAACUGUAGGAGCGAAGUAUAUUUGCGUGCCAUCGUCAUUUUGA